AUGCAGUUCAAGAGCAUCCUCACCAUCCUCGCGGCCACCGGCCUGUCCCUGGUCUCCGCCCAGGAAGCCGACACCACCACCACGUCGACCCAGACCCUGACCAAGACGGUGACCAUCACCUCGUGCCACCCGACCGUCACUGACUGCCCGGCGCACCACCACCAGUCCACCACCACCUCGACCGCCACCACCUGGGCUUCCUUCCCGCUGUCCAACUCCACCAGCACCGCUGGCCCCACCGCCUCGUCGUCCUUCACCCUGUCUGGCUCUGCCAUCGUCACUCCGUCGUCGUCUGGCUCUGGCUCGGGUGGCUCAUCCCCGUCUUCGACUACCUCGGCUUCCCCUUCGGCUUCGACUGGUGCCGCGGCUGGUUUGUUUGUCCAGCCGGCUAUGUUUUUGGGUGCCAUCGGUGCCGGUGUCGCUCUCCUAGCUUAA